UGAAAGCUACACGGCUUCAAACGCACAGGCAAGCUUAGUAACCAGCCAUGAAGACCAUGAAGAGAUGCAUUAUUCCUAGCAUCCUGCUGAUGCUUUCACUCGAGGCCGUCCUCCUCGUCGCCGCCGGCCGCCCUUCCACGGCCACCGGCGCCGACGAUGUGGGCACCAUUCUCCUGCCGAGCCAAGGCAAAGGCGAAGCAGGAGUGGUGGCGGCAGCGAAGAAGAAGGGGGAAGAGGAAGAGAGGCCAUGGAAAUGCUGCGACUUUGCUCUGUGCACCAGGUCAUUCCCACCGCUGUGCCGCUGCAUGGACAAGGUCGAGCAGUGUGCUGCGACCUGCGAGAAAUGCGAGCCGGCCACGUCGGACUCAUCCCGCCGCGUCUGCAACGACUGGUACCAUGGCUUCCCGGGGCCCAUGUGCACGGAGGCUGUUGCAACAGCGAAGAAGGAGAAGGCGGAAGAAGAAGAGAGGCCGUGGAAAUGCUGUGACUUGGCUCUGUGCACCAGGUCGUUCCCGCCGAUGUGCCGCUGCCUGGACAAGGUCGAGCAGUGUGCCGCAAACUGCAAGAGCUGCGAUCCGGCCGCGUCGGACUCGUCCCGCCGCGUCUGCAACGACUGGUACCAUGGCUUCCCCGGCGCCAAGUGCACCGCCGACGGUAACUAGCAUGCGCGUUGAUCACCUGAUCAACGCCGUCCAGCCUGAGCUUUAGUAGCUGCAGCAGCCUGCAGUGUCUGUAAGCAACAAAAUAAAAUGGAAAGUCAGGCAAUCACGAAUAAAAAUGGAAAGUCAGGCAAUGAUGAAUAAGACAAGUCGUCGUGCGUGUGUACUCCGUGAAAAUGGAGUUCGUCACCAUGUUUUCACGAAAUGAACGCACUUUUGUUAUUCUUGAA